AUAAAAAAAGUAAUAAUAAAGUAAAGAGACAAGGUGACAGCCAGAAUUCAGCAUCAUGUCCACAAACGGUCAAGACAGAGAUCCUGAUAUCGAACUGUUUGUCAAGGCAGGCAGCGACGGAGAAAGCAUCGGAAACUGUCCCUUCUCUCAGCGUCUCUUCAUGAUCCUCUGGCUCAAAGGAGUCGUGUUCAACGUCACCACCGUCGACCUCAAGAGAAAACCAGCAGAUCUGCACAACCUGGCCCCGGGGACACACCCUCCUUUCCUGACCUUCAACGGAGAGGUCAAGACCGAUAUCAACAAGAUCGAGGAGUUUCUCGAGGAAACGCUCUGUCCUCCAAAGUAUCCCAAACUGGCCGCCAAGCAGAGGGAGUCCAACACAGCUGGAAAUGACAUCUUCGCCAAGUUCUCAGCCUACAUCAAGAACACCAAACUGGAGGCCAAUGCUGCUCUAGAGAAGGGUUUAACCAAGGCCCUGAAGAAGCUGGACGACUACCUGAACAGCCCCUUGCCAGAUGAGAUCGAUGCAAACAGCAUGGAAGAGGAGAAGGGCUCCAACAGAUGCUUCCUGGAUGGGAAUGAGCUUACUCUCGCAGACUGCAACCUGCUGCCUAAACUGCACAUAGUCAAGGUCGUUGCUAAGAAAUACCGUAACUACGACAUCCCCUCAGACAUGACGGGUGUCUGGCGGUAUCUGAAGAACGCCUACGCACAUGAUGAAUUCACCAACACCUGCGCUGCUGACUCUGAGAUCGAAACCGCCUACAAAGACGUGGCGAGGAGACUGGCCAAGUAACUCGCCAACCAAGCUCAAACAAAACUAACCAGCAGCACAACACACACAAGAGAAAAACAUCACUUUUAAACAUACAUGUGACUGUCCUGUAGAGUCUUCUUCAGUGACAUUUUUUUUUAAGAACCUAAGAUUUUUGUUUAACAAACAACAAAGGGCAGAUGUUGCAGAUGUUGGAGGGUGGCUUAUUCUGCUUUGCAGCUACAGCUGUGAUGGAUGUCAGAAAUUCAGCACAUAGUGUAUGUGGCGUUGCAAUGACCGAAAUAGACACUACAAAACAGAAGUGGAGCAGAAUAUAAAUCAAGCACAAUAAGCUCAAUCCACAAGUUUCAAACCAGAUUCAAAUUUUGCUGCUGUGAAGCUUCUGACGUGACCUUUUUUUUUUUUUUCACUCAGACGUGAUUGUGUCUGUCUAUAUUAAUUUCUCAUAACACAAAGCUCUCUUUCAUACAGACUCCACCGGUCCACACGGCCAAACAUUUUACUAGCUGCUGAUGUCAGGGUUGUUCACUUUAUUUAUUCCUAAGCCUACAGAAGUCUAGUCUGACUCCAGUGUUUAUGAUCAAGUUCUGGCUCCCGGGGAGAUUCAUCUACGAUUGAUGUCCUUAAUUGUGUUCUGAAUAUGACUGUUGCAAUCUGCAGAUUCAUUCUGAUUGUCAUUCAUUACUGUAGAUGUUGCUGUAGUUGUUUUGUUUUCUCAAGCUUGUGUUUACCGUAAAAAAUUCACUCCUGCUCCUCAAAGGUUGAUUUUAAGAAAGACUGAUUUUAAAAAUGAGACGAUAUGCUCGAUGACCUUAGUUCUAAAGAACAGAUUUAGCUAAGAGGGCAUCCAUAGCUUAGGACAAAGCUUGUUUCUGAAUUGCUUGCAUGCAUGAAUCUGUUUUAAAUUGUACCAUUUAAAAAUUGAGCCUCCUUUUAAGAUAUGAAAAAUCCUCAGCUAUGUGCCUUUGUUUGGAAGUAUCAAAAGUCCACGCCAACGUCACUGAUGGACUCAUUCUGAAAAAUGUAUUGCAGCCAGAGCUGAGACAUUUGUUUUGCCUCUAGCUAUUAGUGUUCAGUCUGGGUAUUGAUUUUGUCUUAAGUUACAGAUGAUAUUAUGAAUGGGGAGAGUAUUUAUUUAGCAGCCCCAAUCAGGCCUGAUUAGCUAGAGCCAUUAGUGCUGCGAUGAAAAGCGUCUUCCAGGCCAGGUCCACAAUGGUCAGGAGCCCUGCCCUCCAGCUCUUCAUCAAAGAGACAUUUCCUCCGCUCUGAGGAGUCUAUCAACUUCCACAGCCUAAAAGUUCAAGUUCAAAAGUUUCAUUGUCCAUGCAGAGGAGGAUGGAAAUUUGUCUCGGGGCUUAUCGUCUUUGGCUUGGUGUCAGGCUGCAACUAUAGCGAGACUUCCUUGAAGAACCAUAAGGCUCUUGUGUGGUUUGGACAAACACAUGAUAUGAAAUUGGAGCAUGAUGACUGAGAGGCUUGCUCAUUGCAAAGCUCCACAAAUAAAAUAAU